AUGACCAACUCCACAAAUAUUAGUGCUCAACCGCAAAAUAAUAAUGGUCAGCCGCAAAGGCCUCGUAAUAUCGGUGGUUCACAAAAUGCUGUUGGCCUACUUCCAAGAACUCUAAAUUCAAAUACUGGUAUGCGGUCUUUAAUACCUCAAAAUGCUAGAGGUCUACUUCAAAGAGCUCAAAAUGCUGGCAUACAGUCUUUAAGACUUCAAAACACUACAAAUCUAUCCGUCGAUGCUUUCGACGAAGUUCAACAAAAAUAUACCGACUUAAUAGGAGGUGCAGAUUUAUUCCCUAAAAUUCAUGGUAUGGAAAAUCCUGCGCCACAGGACAUCCAAUUCCAAAUUCUUCUAAUUUUAGGUGACUCUUUCCC